AUUCUUAAUUAAAUAGUUUACGGUUAUUUAAUCAGUGCGUGUGUUUACAAUCAGGCGAUCGCUGAGGUCACCUCCCCCCUACCUGGGGGUCCUCAGGGGGCACGAGCCGCGUACAAGCGAUUCAGUCACAACACGCCGCUCGCGCGCAUUACGGGAAACGGGAUCUGGUUGUCAGGAUGGAGCAGGCAGAAGAAUGGAAGCUUCAGGCUUUAAACACAGAAACACAGCAGAUGGUGAAAACAGCACUGACAGAUCCCAGCACAGUGGACUUGGUGAAGUUGUGUGAUUUGAUCAUGGAGGAGGCUCUGAGGGACGUGUCCCUGUGCAGAGAUGCAGGACACAUCUGCUGUACCUUAGUGCAGGUGGAGGUGAAGCAGAGCAGUACGAGUGUGUUCAGGAGGAGCAUGCUGACUCGGCUGCAGCAGGAGUUUAUGAGACGUGAGGAGACACGCAGGAGAUCCCUGGAUGAGUGGGUGUGUGUCGUCUCGCUCCUCUGUAACAUCUUCCACAGACUCAAGGUGAAUAACAGCCCGAUGGCGGCUCUGGUGGAACCGGUGUAUGAUUGUUUGUUCAGAUUGGCUCAGCCUGAUGCACUCGUUAAUGAAGUAGAGGUGGACUGCUUGGCUCUGCAGUUACACCGUGUCGGUGAGCAGUUGGAGAAGCAGAACACGGGGCGUAUGGAUGAGCUUUUCUUCCUGCUGAGAGAUGGUUUUCUUCUGCAGGAUGAUCUGAGCUCCAUGAGCCGCCUGCUGCUGCUGGAGCUGCUGGAGUACCGUGCCGCCGGCUGGAACCUGAGCAAAAACGCUCAGCGCUACUACUACAGCGAGGUGGUGGAGUGAGGAACACGAGGAGCACGCCUCUGAAGAUCAUCUAGCUUUAGAAGUCAAAUAUCAGGACUGAGGAUGACCAGAAGAAGAAGAAUGAGGAGGAGCUCCAGGCUCCUGCUGUCUGAACUGGUUGGGGAUGUGAUUUUGGUUUGGGGUGGGUGUGUGUGUGUGUGUGUGUGUGUGUGUGUUUAGAAUUGAACACAGUUCUGACUGAGGUUCAGAUUUAGAGGAUUGAGAUGAUGCCAGUGGUCAUCACACACCUUAAUGUUCUUGUUCUGGUGUGAAGACUUGAGAUGCUGGAGAUGGACACUGCUGCACUUCUCACUGCUGGAGUGUAAAAUAAAAUGUUUUUAUUGGUUUAAA